AUGGCUUGGCCAGCGCCUGCACGCUGGUGGCUCUUCAGCGUGGCACUUGUAGCUGCCACGUGUUGGGUUUUGUCUGUCAGUGUUUCUGCGGCUACAGUGAAUUCAGUUUCAUUAGGUUUGCUUGGCACGGGUGCCACCGUGGAAGAGUCUGCCGUUCAAGCGGUCCGACAGUAUCUUUUCCAGAACAACAACGGAAGCCUCGACCGCCUUUCUCGCGUUAAAGUCAAGUGCCGUUCGAAGGCAAACUGUCAGGUUCGUGCAGGCGUACACACAGAUCAGUGA